GUCAGUCAACCAUUCAGAAACCGGGAGAGAAUAAGGAGAGGGGUUUACUCUUCUCGGUUCUUCGAGCUAGAACUAGAACGUGCCCGCCAUGGUUUAGGGUUUCUGAGUUUCUGACAAUCUCUUCGUCUUCGCCAUGGAGUCCAACCUCAUCUACCUUCUUCUGCUCUUCUUCGUCGCUCAGCUUCAUCCUCCUCUCCUUGCUGAAGAAGCGAUGAGGUCUCUAGAGUCGGUUCCUGAUCUUGAGAAGUCAAUGUACAUGGUUGUUGAUGGAUAUCCUUGUGUUCGUUUACUCAACCUUUCUGGGGAGAUUGGUUGUUCAAAUCCGGGACGGGAAAAGGUUGUGGCUCCUAUUGUGAGAUUCAAGAAUGUGAAUGUGUUGGCACAGUCAUCUGCUAUUUUGGUGUCACUGGAUGAGAUUCAAAGUUUCUUUACAAGGCUAUCACAUGAUUCAAAUUUUGCAAGGAAUGUUGGUGGUGUUUUGGUUGAAUCAGGGAGUGCAAGCCAAAAUAAGUUAAAAGGAUUCUCUCCAGUUGAAAAGUUUCCACAAGCUGAAUUCGCUCCUUACCAAAGCAUCAAUUAUGAAUGGAAUCCAAUUGGAUCUGGUAUCAUGUGGAACACUUACAAUUUUCCUAUGUUCCUGCUUUCUCAGUCUAGCACAUUGACCCUGCAGGAGGCUGCCAUCAAAAAUGAGAAGAACAAGAAGGCUUAUACUGCAGAUGUUGCUGAGUUUGAUCUAGUGAUGCAAACAACAAAAUCUGGGACUCAUGAUUCAGAAUCUUGUCUGAAAGAAGAGACUUGUCUACCUUUAGGAGGAUACAGUGUUUGGUCGUCACUUCCCCCAAUAAAUGUUUCCUCCUCAGAUCAGUCAAAGCCUGUCAUAUUAACAGUGGCAUCUAUGGAUUCUGCUUCAUUUUUCCGUGACAAAAGCCUUGGUGCAGAUUCCCCUAUAUCUGGUCUAAUUUCAUUGAUGGCAGCUGUUGAUGCUCUUUCUCAUUUGGAUGGUUUAAAUGACCUCAGCAAGCAGCUUGUUUUCCUCGUUUUCACUGGAGAGGCCUGGGGCUAUCUUGGUAGCCGGAGAUUUUUGCUUGAACUUGAUCUACAUUCAGAUUUUGUCAAGGGAAUUGAUAGCACAUUGAUUGAGAUGGUCAUGGAAAUUGGAUCUGUUGGGAAGGGCUUUAGUCAAGGAGUAAAAACCUUUUUCGCUCAUGUUGCAGAGGUUUCAUCUGUUACAAAUGAAACAUUGAAUGCCUUACAGCAAGCUAAAGAUUCGCUUAAAUCUGAAAGCAUCAUGAUCUCAACGGCAAAUAGCUCAAAUCCUGGAAUACCUCCAUCAUCAUUGAUGUCAUUCUUGAGAAAGAACUCUUCGACUUCUGGAAUUGUCUUAGAAGAUUUUGAUGCUACCUUUGCUAACCAGUUCUAUCACAGUCACCUUGAUGAUCUUUCAAAUGUCAAUUCUUCAGCGAUAGUGGCAGCUGCUUCCCUUGUUGCUCGUACUCUUUAUAUUCUUGCCAGUGAUGACAAGGACUUAAGCACUUCAGCUCUAAGUGCUAUCAAUGUGAAUGCCUCUCUGGUUGAAGCACUUUUGGGUUGUCUAUUGAACUGUGAUCCAGGUCUAUCCUGUGAUCUGGUGAAGAAAUAUAUUGCACCCCGCACAAACUGCCCUAGCAACUAUGUCGGCGUUCUUUUGGGGGAACCUUCCGCCACACUUUAUCCUGGAUAUGUGAGUGAUGUUUCUAGGUUUAUAUGGAACUUUCUUGCUGACAGAACAUCUAUUCCAAGGGAAAAUGCUACUUCUGCUUGUCCAAAAGACUGCAGCAAUGAGGGUGAAGUAUGCAUUGGAGAAGAAUUAGAUGGAAAGGGAGUUUGUGUUAUCUCCACAACCAGGUAUGUUCCAGCAUAUUCCACCCGGUUAAUGUUUGAAUCUGGAAUUUGGAAGGUAAUGCCCCUGAACUCCUCUAAUUCAAUGGGCACAGAGGACCCUGUUUGGACUGAAAGCAAUUGGGAUGCAAUUGGGCUGCGGGUCUAUACAGUACAGAAUGCAGCUUAUGACCGUCUUGUCCUACUGGGGGGUUUGGUUGUCACAGUCUUGGCUUACCUUGCAAUAGUAGUCGCCAGAGCCUUCAUCACAAAGGCCCUGAAACAGGAUUGACUGGUGGUUUUUUCUGGUAAAUUUUUUUUAAUCAUACUGAUAUGCAAUUGGUGGAAAUAUGAAGUUUUUGGGGUUGGGGGAGCCAAAAAUUGAUAAGAUUACUCCCAUGCAUCCAAAUGAACUGAUAGUAGUGCAAAAAUUUUCAAGGAUGUUACAUAAUUUGAGCUGCAUCCUUGAAUAUUCCUCUGGAUUUAAUAGGUAGUGAUAUUGAAGCUCAUGUUAUUAUUCCCUAAUGUAUUGACGAGAACAGAAAAGUGAAAUGAAAAGCUCACAUUUUCUUUGCUUCUUUC